AAAGAUCUUCAGGAAAGGGAUAUGAAUAUAUCAACGUCUUUACAGGAGCUUGUUGAGCUACAUGUUGCUUUCAGAAUGAAUUGACGCUCUACUUCAGACAAACACCGUCCCUGGAUUGCGGUUGUCAUUUCUAGGGCGUUUUUGAGUUGUUUUCAGGGACGUUUUGCCUGCGUCCUGAUUCUCCACACUUUUCCAAAAGUGUGCACUCACACACUCCCCGUUAUGGAUGUGAAAGCUAAUGAUCGGUGUAAACAUUGGCUGUAGGGAGUUUCCAUCAUUGUUAAAUCCAUGGAAGAAAGUGUGCAAGUGCAUAUUCCGGGAGAAGGGUGGUGAAUCGGGACAAAGCCUAUCUAUCUCUCUUUCUAGAUAGGCUGGGGGGUAAGAAUGUGGUCAAUUGUAAACGAAUAUCAUCUUAAGCACAGUGCCUGUCGGCGAGGAUUCAAUUUGUCUCUGUGUCUGAAGUAGAGCCGUGCGGGGCUCGGCGUUGUCCCAGAGCGCAUGGAGGGUUAGACUAGGCGGGAGGAAUUCGUUGCGAAGGACAGCUCUCGUAAUGAACCAUCCUGGGCUCCUGGAAGAGCUAGCUUCGAACAAAGAAGAGGGCCAAGUAAUUGGUUGCCUCAGGAGUGCUGUGGCCCUUAUCGAUGCGGUUUCUCAAAACCGGUCUACGGUGGAAACAAGGCAGACCAAGUAGUCUGAAGAAUACAGCGUCAAGACAGUCUGAUUACAAUUACUGUUAGCUUAUUUUCUUAUGUAUUGUAGCUCCAGUGUCAUCGGGGUGACAUGUUUCUUCAUUCCCACAAUUUGCAUCCAUUUGGAAGAUAUAUAAGAAUGGAUGCUGUAACCUGUUCACCGCAGCUGCUGCUUUUUUUUAACGUUCAUUGUGAUUUUGAAAAGAAAUCUCAUUACUUAAAAUUGGGCUGAGGUCAUUCAUUCAUCGUGAAGUGGUUUUAGAGUAAUUUCAUAUUGGCCUUCCCAAUUUCACUCCUCUUGUUUCAUAGCGGCUUUUAGUGGAUCAUUAUUUAUUUUUAAAAAUGUUGUGUGCUGUUCAUCAUUGUUUGUAAUCUGUUUUCCGAUUUAAUUGGAGACCAAGAAAAGCUUGUUGCAUGUUACAGCGUUCAAUUCGCAGAUGAAUUGUGUAAUUUUUAGGUAUUGGCUUUUGGUGCUGUUGCCAGAUUUGCAUUUUCAUGGUUGGUCUGUGAAGCAUAUAAGCAAUGUUGGCAAUGACUCAGGACAGUUUUCUUUUAUAUUUCAACAUUUUGAAAUGCCUGAAUAGCCAGUCCAACAUGGAUGUAUCAGACAAUGGGGAGGAUGCCCACAGGAUCGCCCCUUCUCCGGUGGUCCACGUGCGGGGGCUCUGUGAGUCAGUGGUGGAAGGGGACCUGGUGGAGGCCCUGGAGAAGUUUGGCAACAUCUGCUACGUCAUGAUGAUGCCGUUCAAGCGUCAGGCGCUGGUGGAGUUUGAAGCCAUGGAGAGUGCCGACCAGUGCGUGACAUGCGGUGCCAACGAAGCGGUCUACAUUGCCGGCCAGCAGGCCUUCUUCAACUACUCCACCAGCAAGAGGAUCACGCGGCCAACUAACGCCGAUGACCCCAACAGUGGCAACAAAGUCCUGCUCCUCUCCAUUCAGAACCCCCUCUAUCCCAUCACCACUGAUGUUCUGUACACAGUCUGCAAUCCCAUAGGCAACGUACUGCGCAUUGUCAUCUUCAAACGCAAUGGAAUCCAGGCCAUGGUGGAGUUCGAAACUGUCAAAAAUGCCCAGAAGGCAAAAUCAGCACUCAACGGAGCAGACAUAUACGCCGGCUGCUGUACCCUGAAGAUAGAAUACGCUCGGCCCACGCGACUCAACGUCCUCCGCAACGACAAUGAUAGCUGGGACUACACCAAGCCCUUUCUCGUCAGGCGAGAGCGGGGGAAGGGGAGGCAACGCCAGGCCAUUCUGGGAGAGCAUCCGUCCUCCUACAGCGACAACGGCUAUGGGCCACACUGCCCCCUGCUGCCCGUGCCCAGCAAUAACAGGUACAAGAGGAGCUCCAUCCAUGACGCCCAGGAGGUGGUCGCCUACCCCCUGCCCCAGACCUCCUCCUAUAUGGGCCACGCCUCCAGCUCGUCGGUCGCCAUGGUGAGCGGCCUGCACCCCGCCAAGAUGAACUGCACCCGCAUCUUCAACCUCUUCUGCCUGUACGGGAAUAUUGAGAAGGUGAAGUUUAUGAAGAGCGUCCCGGGCACCGCACUGGUAGAGAUGGGUGAUGAGUACGCUGUGGACCGAUCCAUCACACACCUUAACAGCAUCAAGGUGUUCAGCAAGAGGCUCAACGUCUGGUGAGGAGGUUACAUGUUUCACCUUUGACCCCCACCCCUUGAACCCAUAGCUUGAUGAGCGUGACGUUCAUCUUUCCUUGCCUCCUUGUCAAAAUACGUUGGAUGAACAGGUGUAAGGGAAGAACCUUGGAUCUUCUCCUCAAAUGCGUUUUGAGAAGGAGGCAAGAAGAGAGGAUGCAAGGUCAUUUUUUGAAAGAGAGAUUGUUUGAACGCUUAGAACCUAUUGUUCCCCUUGGUUUCAUCUAAUUUUAGAUCAAUAAUUACUUCUAGGAAGGAAGGAAAGGAGGAUUUUAGAAGGAUUUUAACAGGGCCUAUACCAUGAUACGUAACAGCAUGCUUUCGCUAAAGCAACAGAAACCAAAAUGUAUAGUUUGGCUUACAUAACUUGUAACUCUUUAUUUCGGCCUUACAUAAAAUAAAACGUUCCUUCAGUAAAUGUUGUAAUUUAUGACCUAAAUAUAACAUUCUUACGUUUUGAUAAAAAAUUUCAACAUUUACUUAGAAAUAGCUAUUAGGGAUCACGUGACCCUUGAACGAGAUGGCCGCGUGAACUAAGAGCUCCGCACAAGUAGUUUCCAAUUCCUAAUCUUACCUCCAUUCCAAGUUCACACUCAUUUAGCUUUAGUAAGAAAAAGUCAUGGCGGCUACAAAAGGCGACACUACAGGUGACAUUUUUACCCGGACUCGAGUAUUAGCGACGGAAAAAGCCUCCAAGAAGAAGCUAGCUUCAGAAAAAACUAGCGCCAUUAGCCAGGAGCAAGAGAACCCGCUCCCCCACGAGGCACAACGAAUGCCAACCUCGCACUCUGUCGAAGACAUCCUCUCUGAGUUGAGAUCCCAACGUACAGAACUAAACACCAAAUUAGAUGCCAUUAACUCUCAGCUCAGUGCGAUAGGGGGCAAGGUGACAAUCCUGGAAAACGCACUGCCUGACAUCAACAACAAGAUUACCAUAAACGCGGGGCGCCUGGACGAGGCAGAGGGGCGAAUCCUAUCCAUGGAAAACUUAUUGACAGAUGCCAUGGAAACAAUAGCAUAUGCUAAAAAGAAAAUCAAGCAUCUGGAAGAGAAAACAGAGGACCUGGAAAACAGGGGGCGAAGGAAUAAUUGUGUUCUAUUCAAUCUGGGCGAAAAAGAAGAGGGAAACAUGCCACUGAUCCGCUACCUGCAAGACAAACUUCCCGAGUGGCUCCACCUCCACGCCAAACUCGCUUUACACCAGGACCUGUCAGCUGGAAUACGCCAAAAGCGCCGAGAAUUUGACGAAGUGAAGAAAUACUCCAUUGACCGAGGCAUCUUCAGGGGAUUCAAAUACCCAAACGAGCUCAGGAUUCUUCACCAAGGAGCCUUGCGACACUUCAAAACUCCCGAAGAGGCAAAACGUUUUUUGAAAGACAAUCCUGGCCAAUGAGAAACAGACCAAUGACUAAAUGCGAUUAAUGCCUUUACUAAAGGAGGUAAGACGACAUAUAGGCGAUAUCCAGAGACCCACCCCCUAAAUGUCAUUACAGCCGUCCAAUUUAUAUUUAUUUUCCUUUAACUGAGAGGGAUGGGCUGUAUAGCCUAACCUAGGCCUACUAAUGUUUCAGCCUACUUUUAUUUCCCUGU